CCUGUCCACCCCUCCUGAUUUCCACCCUGGAGGGGAGGGAGUCCUGGGCUCUGCGUUUGGUUUGUUUUCUCAACCCCGAUUUGGGAGUGGGUGUCAGGUUGCCAGUGAGGGCGGGGCCAGGGUGGCGAGGCCUGAAGGACGUGGGGACCUGCCCCAUGCACUGACGGGAGUGAACCCGAGCUGUGCCGACCAACCCCCGGGAUGGCGGAAGCACACCAGGCCGUGGCCUUCCAGUUCACCGUGACCCCAGACGGGGUGGACUUCCGGCUCAGUAGGGAAGCCCUGAAACACAUCUACCUGUCCGGGAUCAACUCCUGGAAGAAACGCCUGAUUCGCAUCAAGAAUGGCAUUCUUAGGGGUGUGUACCCUGGCAGCCCCACCAGCUGGCUGGCCAUUGUCAUGGCAACGGUGGGUUUCUCCUACUGCGAAGUGGACAUCUCUAUGGGGCUGGUCUGUUGUAUCCAGAGGUGCCUCCCUGAGAGGUGUGGCCCCUACCAGACCCCACAGACUCGGGCACUUCUCAGCAUGGCCAUCUUCUCCACAGGGGUCUGGGUGACAGGCAUCUUCUUAUUCCGCCAAACCCUGAAGCUGCUGCUUUCCUACCAUGGGUGGAUGUUUGAGAUGCAUGGCAAGACCAGCCACUUCACCAAGAUCUGGGCUAUCGGUGUUCGCCUUCUGUCCAGCCAGCGGCCCAUGCUCUACAGCUUCCAGACAUCUCUGCCCAAGCUUCCUGUGCCCGGCGUGCGAGCCACAAUUCAGAGGUACCUGGAGUCUGUGCAGCCCUUGUUGGAUGAUGAGGAAUAUUACCGCAUGGAGACCUUAGCCAAAGAAUUCCAGGACAAGACUGCCCCCAGGCUGCAGAAGUACCUGAUACUCAAGUCGUGGUGGGCAACUAACUACGUGAGUGACUGGUGGGAAGAGUACAUCUACCUCAGAGGCAGAACCCCACUCACGGUGAACAGCAACUAUUACGUGAUGGACCUUGUGCUUGUCAAGAACACAGAUGUGCAGGCUGCCCGCCUGGGAAAUGCUGUCCAUGCCAUGAUCAUGUAUCGUCGCAAACUGGACCGUGAAGAGAUCAAGCCUGUGAUGGCACUAGGCAUGGUGCCCAUGUGCAGCUACCAGAUGGAAAGGAUGUUCAACACCACUCGCAUCCCUGGCAAGGAGACAGGCCUUGCCUCAGCCUGCCCACUGGCCAUCACAGAUGUGUUGCAGCACCUCGCGGAGAGCAGACACGUGGCCGUCUACCACAAGGGCCGCUUCUUCAAGGUGUGGCUCUAUGAGGGCUCUCGCCUGCUUAAGCCUCGGGACUUGGAGAUGCAGUUCCAGAGGAUCCUGGACGACCCCUCCCCACCUCAGCCUGGGGAGGAAAAGCUGGCGGCCCUCACUGCAGGGGGAAGGGUAGAGUGGGCACAGGCACGCCAGACCUUCUUCAGCUCUGGCAAGAACAAGGCUUCUCUGGAUGCCAUUGAGCGCGCUGCUUUCUUUGUGGCCCUGGACGAGGAGUCCCACUGCUACAGCCCUGAUGAUGAGGCCAGUCUCAGCCUGUAUGGCAAGGCUCUGCUACAUGGCAACUGCUACAACAGGUGGUUUGACAAGUCUUUCACUCUUAUUUCCUUCAAGAAUGGUGUGUUGGGCCUCAACACAGAACAUGCAUGGGCAGAUGCCCCUAUUAUUGGGCAUCUAUGGGAGUUUGUCCUAGGCACGGACACCUUACACCUGGGCUACACAGAAAGUGGGCACUGCCUGGGCGAACCAAACCCGAUGUUGGCACCUCCUCAGCGGCUCCAAUGGGACAUUCCUGAGCAGUGUCAGGCUGUCAUCGAGAGUUCCUACCAAGUAGCCAAGGCACUGGCAGACGAUGUGGAGUUGUACUGCUUCCAGUUCUUGCCCUUUGGUAAGGGCCUUAUCAAGAAGUGUCGGACCAGCCCUGAUGCCUUCGUGCAAAUUGCCCUGCAGCUGGCUCACUUCCGGGACAAGGGCAAGUUCUGCCUGACCUAUGAGGCCUCAAUGACCAGAAUGUUCCGAGAAGGCCGGACCGAGACUGUGCGUUCUUGUACCAGCGAGUCUAAAGUCUUUGUGCAGGCCAUGACGAAGGGGCCCCACGUGAAAGCAGACCUCCAAAAUCUCUUCCGGAAAGCUUCAGAGAAGCACCAGAACAUGUACCGCCUAGCCAUGACGGGCGCUGGCAUUGACAGGCACCUCUUCUGCCUUUACUUGGUCUCUAAGUACCUGGGGGUCCGCUCCCCAUUCCUGGCAGAGGUGCUAUCGGAACCCUGGCGCCUCUCCACCAGCCAGAUCCCUCAGUCCCAGAUCCGCAUGUUUGACCCAAACCAGUAUCCCAAUUACCUGGCCGCAGGAGGUGGCUUUGGCCCUGUGGCAGAUGAUGGGUAUGGGGUCUCCUAUAUGAUUGCAGGUGAAAACACCAUCUUCUUCCACGUCUCUAGCAAGUUCUCAAGUUCAGAGACGAAUGCUCAACGCUUUGGGAACCACAUCCGGCAAGCCCUGUUGGACAUCGCUGAUCUUUUCCAAGUUCCCAAAGCUAACAACUGAAGGCUGGAGAAAUGCCAGCUGCCCUUUCACACCCACGUCGUGGAGGAAGGGGCCUGUGGCUGGCUUUCAGGCACGAGGGGUGGCCGUGUACAGGUGCCUGGACUCCAAGGACAGCUCUGGCAGCCAGUGCUCCUCAGGGAGAUGCUGCUCCCUGAGGGCCCAAGUGGUAGAAGUGGGGUUGGAGCAGGGAGGAAUUUUGAUUUUUGUCUUGGUAAAUAAUAAUAAAAAUAAGGCUCUGUAAUUCUCUCUCACCCCA